CUUGGAGCGGGCAUUGCGAUUCCGAAUCUAUUCGUCAUGGCUUCAGCAUCGAGUGCCGGAAAGCUAUGCAUGCUGGCCUGCCGGCGGGCGCUUCGAGUGCCUCGGAUGCCUCGAACACAGCCAAUUGCCUGGCGAGCACCGACAGCGAGCCGAGCAUUUACGUCUUCCCCACGGCGGCUAGCAGACAAAAAUGCCGAUCAGGACGGAGAGGAUGGCGAUGGUGGACUAUACAAGACUCUGGACCUGAAGUUGAUGAACAAAUCUUUCCUGGAGAGCGUCACACCCGAGGGCUUAAAACAGCUGGAUGAACUUGCCAAGACCAACGGCUAUACAAGCGUGGAGGAGUACCUCGAGGCGACAUUACGGGAGACACCGGGCUGGGCGUCGGAGGACAGGGCGCUGGAGGAAGAUCUGUACAGAGAUGAUGCUGGCGAUAAGCCGAACAAGUCAUCUUUCUGGUUCGACGAGGACGAUCCCGAAACGAACACCGAGGAGCACGAUGAGUUUGACGAAGACGAUAUCACGUCUAUGGCACACGGAAAACUAGACGAGGUGCGAGACAUGAGGCAUUAUGCUCGAUUAGCAAUCUGGGAAAUGCCCCUUCUUGCCAAAUUUGCCAAGCCCUUCGUUCCCCCUACAGAGAAACAGGUUUUGAGGUGGAGAUACACGACAUACAUGGGCGAAUCUCACCCUGCGGAAAAAAAGGUGGUUGUGCAGUUUGCUCCUGACGACCUUCAACUCACGGCUGUCCAAACCGAGAAGCUGAAGAAGCUUGCUGGCCCUCGAUACAACCCGGAAACGGAGCUCGUCAAGAUGAGCUGCGAGAGCUUCGAACACCAAGCGCAGAACAAGCAGUACCUGGUGAACCUGGUCAAUGACCUCAUCAGCGCCGCCAAGGACCCCAAGGAUACCUUUGCGGAUGUUCCCCUAGAUCUGCGACAUCACAAGAUCGAGCCGAAGCCCCAGUUCCCCAAGGAGUGGCGGCUGACGGAGGAGAGGAGGAAGGAGCUGGCGGAGCAUAGACAGCAGGCGGCGAUUGCCGAUGCAAAGAGGGCUGAGGACGGACUGCUGGUAGAUGGACAGAAAUUGAUUGACAAUUUCUUGAUACAGAAGCUGGCGGAGGAGCAGGAGAAGGAGAAGGUUGCAGAGCUGGUGGCUGCGGCGCCUAGAGGGAAAGCAGCUGGCGGAACGGCUCGAGCCAGGAGGUAGAAGGGGAACCAUUAAGAUGAUGUAUAUGCGUACGUACGACUGCUUUUACAGGAGGGGAACCAAGAAAAAAGAUGUAUGGGAAUUGUAUGUAUAAUAGAGGACGCAGGCACCGCUUGGGUUGGGGAGGCGAUUGGAUGUACAGUAUGAAGCCUGACGUCGAAAAUAUUUAUGAAAUGCAUGAAAAAAAGGCGUGUGUACCGAGUAUGCACUUGUGAUACGGGUGGCUCAUCAUUCAUACAUUUCCAGUUGUAAAGAGGGGUUGAAUUGGAAAUGAAUACCUAGUAUUGAGAAGUAUGAUGAUAAUGAAAUGGGUUCCCUUG